UUUUAGGUUAUCAUUACUGUUAAUACACUUUCAGCAUGGUACAGUUACGGAUUAUUAUAUUUUAUUCUAUUGUUUGACCAUCGCCCUAAUCUCAGGAACUACUCUAAACCAUAAAUACUUUCCGUGAGUUUAUUAUGGAAUAUAUUGGAUUCGUCGUAAUAAAGAGAAUUCUACGACAAUGUACUCGUUCAAAUAGCGUAGUGAUUCUAGAUAAGAGGAAAAAUAAUUUACAUAACAUUGAAGAUUUAAAAAGACAGAUACAUUACACAAAUGUAGCAUUGAAAUCAGUUGCAUUCAAAUUAUCUGAUAUUGGUGAAGGAAUCCGUGAGGUUGUUAUAAAAGAAUGGUUUGUCAAAGUCGGCGACAAAGUGCAGCAAUUUGACAACAUUUGCGAAGUUCAAAGUGAUAAAGCAUCAGUGACGAUAACUAGUCGAUAUGACGGUGUUGUCACUCGUCUCUACCAUGAAGUGGAUCAAACUGCAUUAGUAGGCCAGCCUCUAGUUGACAUAGAAGUUGAAGGAAUGGAAGAAGAAGUCUCAUCAACACCAACAAAAGUUGAAGGAAGUAUUAAGUCUGAUGUCUCAGCUUCUUCGGUGUUAGAUAAUUCUAAUACAAAAGGCAAAGUUCUUACAACACCAGCUGUUAGAAGAAUAGCCUCACAGUUCCAGGUAAAUCUGAAUUCAGUCCCAGCUACCGGUAGGAAUGGACGGCUGCUUAAAGAAGAUAUACUAGCAUACUUAAAUAUUACUUCUGAUAAAUCAAAUGAAGUGCCAAACCUUCCCAAUGAACCUGUAGUUGAAGUUAAAGCAAAACCAGAAAUAAUACUAGAAGACAAAGUGGUCCCUGUUACUGGGUUCACUAAAGCUAUGGUUAAAUCAAUGACGGAGGCUAUGAAAAUACCACACUUUGGUUUUAGUGACGAAUACAAUGUUACAAAAUUAGUAGAAAUGAGGGAGACACUCAAACAAAUAACCCUCAAGCGUGGAGUGAAAUUGACAUACAUGCCUAUAAUUCUCAAAGCCGCAUCUUUAAGUCUACUUAAACACCCUAUUUUGAAUAGCAGUUUGGACAGUUCGUGUGAAAAUAUUAUUUACAAAGCAAGCCACAAUAUAGGCGUUGCUAUGGAUACGCCGAAUGGAUUAGUGGUUCCUGUCAUAAAGAAUGUCCAAAACAAAACUGUAUUAGAGUUAGCCAAGGAAUUAAAUCUCAUACAAGAGAAAGGCGCGAAAGGUCAACUCAGUCUUAGUGACCUUUCAGGUGGAACUUUUACGAUUUCAAAUAUUGGAAAUGUUGGAGGAACUUACACAAAACCAGUAAUAUUACCAACACAAGUAUCCAUUGGAGCUUUGGGAAAGAUUCAGAAAUUACCGCGAUAUGACGAAGAGGGAAACGUGAAGCCUGCACAUAUCCUAACAGUCAGUUGGUCCUCUGACCAUAGAGUAAUUGAUGGAGUUACCAUAGCAAGAUUCUCAAAUGACCUCAAGAGUUAUUUAGAAGACCCAUACCUCUUACUUUUGGAUCUGUAAUUUAUUAUGAAUGUCUUACUAGUCUUUAUGCCUUUCAUAGAAUUGUAAAAGUUUAUUAAAAUAAAGACGCCAUCUUACAGGCUUAACAAAGAAUAUAUAAACUGUAUAGCAAAAUUAGCUUAAAAUUAGAUUCUAAAUCGGAAUUGUGAAGUGUUAUGCUAGUUGCGAUUGCGUGGUGUUUUUUUUAUUAUUCACAAUUCCACAGCUAAGAGCUUGUAAAGAAUGUCAAUAGGUUGAUCAAGUGUUUUCAGAAAUCUUUAAAUUGAACAAAUUCAUUGCUGGUACUAAAUUAGGUUCUAAAACGAAAAAGUUUGUUAAAUUUUCCAUUUUAGUGGUGGGAAGAGCGUAAACAUGUAAAAAAUAGCCACAUUUUUUUGAAGGCAAUCCUAUAAGGGUUACGAAUAACAUAUAAUCAGUCGAUUUACAUAGGAUUAUAUGACAAACUAUCGAUAAAGGUGAUUUUUUUAAUAAUACACCAUUCCCAAUAAUUUUCUGACGUGUUCAAGUAACGCGUAAACAUUUAUUACCAGAAAUAUAAAUUCAUAAAUAAAAUUUUCCGUAUUGAAAAA